UACGCUCCGUCUUGGAAGCAUCAUGGCGAUAGAUGGUGGGGAGCGAACCUGUGGAGUCCACGAACUUAUAUGCAUAAGGAAAGUAUCUCCAGAGGCAAUUGGAUUCCUGUCAGCAGUUGGAGUAGCGAUCGUUCUUCUCUUGCUUCUAUCUAUUUAUAUCAGCAAGAAAAUUUGUUAUGGAAAUGAUAAAGGUUUCCACUGUACUAAGAACACUCAAGAGCGGGAUGCACAUUGUUCAACAUCGGAAAGUGAAGAUGAAGCUGUAGGUAAAUUCCAUGAGGCAGUGACAAGACUGAAUUCUCCCAGGCCUGGAUCAGAUAAGCAACAAAACAUGUGGGAAGCCAGACAGCAAUACAGCCCCCUGUCUGCAGAGUAUGAUGGUUACAGCAGUGAGGUCUCCGCAGAUGAAGCUAACUGCAUCCAGAGAAUGCGGAGGACUCCACCGCUUGAUGAGCUGCAGCCCCCUCCAUACCAAGAUGACAGUGGCUCUCCCCAUCUUUCCUGCACUCCUUCAGAUAUUGGGGACAGUAAAUGUGAAUUCUCACAGUGUAGCAAUAGUCCCAGAUACUCUUACAAUAAGUGCCCCAGCGAGGGAAGCACAGGACAUGAAGUCGAGAGCUUCCAGAACAAAGGGUACGAAGAGGAUGUACCAAGUGACAGCACUGCAGUACUAAGCCCAGAGGAUAUGUCAGCAAGAGGAUCUUCUUCACAGCUCCCUAAAUCUUUUGAUCAGGAGCCAGUAGCUAAAUAUGGCACAUUAGAUGUAACUUUUGACUAUGAUUCACAAGAACAGAAACUUCUUGUUACAGUGACAGCUGUCACCGACCUGCCCACACACAACAGGGCUGGGAAUAUCAGCUCCUGGCAAGUCCAUCUUGUUCUUCUACCUAUGAAAAAGCAGCGGGCUAAAACUAGUGUCCAGAGGGGCCCUAGUCCAAUCUUCACAGAAUCCUAUAAAUUCAAUCACAUUGAGUCAGAAAUGAUUGCAAAUUAUGCCGUUCGUUUUCGAUUGUACCUGGUGCGUCGAAUCAAGAAAGAGAGGCUUGUCGGGGAGAAGAUAUUCUACCUAACAAAGCUUAAUCUUCAGGGGAAAUUGUCCGUCCCGGUCGUAUUAGACCCUGCUUACAGCCUUUCGGGUUGCGACUCCCAGAUGAGCAUGUCAGAAAUGUCAUGUUCAGAAAGCACUUCCUCCUGUCAAUCACUGGUCCAUGGUUCCACUCCUGAAAUCCUCAUCGGCCUGCUUUAUAACGCCACAACUGGGAGACUGUCAGCAGAAGUGAUAAAAGGGAGCCAUUUCAAAAAUCUGACAGCAAACAGACCUCCCAAUGGACUGUUCUGUUGUCUAAAACACUUAAUAGGUGGACAGGUUUAUAUAAUUCGAGAUACCUAUGUCAAGUUAACUUUGCUGAAUUCCAUGGGGCAGGAAAUGUCAAAAUGUAAAACGUCCAUCCGCCGGGGUCAGCCCAAUCCCUUGUACAAGGAAACGUUCAUUUUUCAAGUCGCACUGUUCCAGCUCUCUGAUGUGACUCUCAUAUUGUCUGUCUAUAACAAACGCAGCAUGAAACGCAAAGAAAUGAUAGGCUGGAUAUCUCUCGGUCUCAACAGCUCAGGCGAUAAAGAGCUUAAUCAUUGGACUGAAAUGAAGGAGUCCAAGGGACAACAGAUAUGUAGAUGGCACACGCUGCUGGAAUCGUAA